AUGGACCCCUCAGCCCAACUCGUGGCCUUCCUGCGAAUGGACAAUGCAUACCUUGGAAGCGUGGACAUCAGUCAGAAGAAGGCGAAGACAGUGACGCUGUUCAAUGGUCUAUUUCCGUCGUACGGCCUCUACAACCGGUCGCAGCCGGGAGUUGGGAAUGACUUGUAUGCGAUUCAAGAGACCAAUGGUGGGAUCGUUCUGUUUGGUGGCGGCCAGCCGAUCUAUAACGCCGAUGGGUACUUCAUUGGAGCCGUGGGCGUCAGUGGCGGUACUGUCGACGAGGACAUUGAGUCAGAGGCCGCUGGGACGACCAUUCCCUACCCUCCUCCAAUGGCAUAA